GGUCAGGAACCGACCUUUUUUUUCUCAGGGGGACAAGCCGAAGCCAUGCAGGCGCGCUACUCCGUCUCCAGCCCGAACUCCCUCGGCGUCGUGCCGUACAUCGGCGGCGACCCGGGCUACUACCGAGCCGCGGCCGGCGGGGGAUACGCGGGCAUGCCCGCGCCCAUGAACAUGUACGGCCACGCCGCGCACGAGCAGUACCCGGCCGGGAUGGCGCGCGCCUACGGACCGUACGCCCCUCAGCCGCAGCCCAAGGAUAUGGUCAAGCCGCCGUACAGCUACAUCGCGCUCAUCACCAUGGCCAUCCAGAACUCGCCCGACAAGAAGGUGACCCUCAACGGGAUUUACCAGUUCAUCAUGGAGCGCUUCCCUUUCUACCGGGACAACAAGCAAGGCUGGCAGAACAGCAUCCGCCACAACUUGUCUCUCAACGAGUGCUUCGUCAAAGUGCCGCGCGACGACAAGAAACCCGGCAAGGGCAGCUACUGGACCCUGGACCCGGACUCGUACAACAUGUUCGAGAACGGCAGCUUCCUGCGCAGGCGGCGGCGCUUCAAGAAGAAGGACGUGCUGAAGGAGAAAGAGGACCGGCUGCAGAAGGACGCGCCGGCCCGCCAGCAGCAGCAGCAGCAGCCGCAGCCGCAGCAGGAGCAGGCCGGCUCGCAACCCGUCCGCAUCCAGGAUAUUAAGACGGAGAACGGCACCGUGACGCCCCCGCAGGCCGACUCGCCGUCCUUGAGCGCCGUGCCCAAGAUCGAGAGCCCGGACAGCAGCAGCAUGUCCAGCGGGAGCCCGCACGGCAGCAUCCCGUCCAACCGCUCCAUGGUGGCCAUGGAGGCCCCGGAGCAGCACCACCGCCAGCAGCAGCAGCAGCAGCAGCAGCAGCAGCAGCAGCAGCAGCACCACCACGGCCAGGCCUCGGCGCAGGGCUUCAGCGUAGACAAUAUCAUGACCUCCCUGCGGGGGUCCCCGCAAGGGGCUCCCGAGCCGCCCCCCGCAAGGACAGGCAUCGCCCCGUCGUUGACGCUCAGCUACUCGCCGAGUCAGACGUCCGCGUACAGCUCCGCCUGCAACCAGAACUCCAUCUCCGCUACCUCCAACGCCACCUACCAUUGCAACAUGCAGGCCAUGAGCUUGUACGCCGGCGAGCGGGCGGGCCACCUGGCCGCCCCCGGCGCCGCCGUGCAGGACGAGACCCUGCCCGACUACGCGGUCACCGCCGCCGCGUCCUCCCUGCAGGGCCACGGCGGCCUCAACUCGGGCCAGGAGGGCCACGCGCACGCCCACCAGGGCAGGCUGACCUCGUGGUACCUCAACCAGGCCGGGGACCUGGGCCACCUGGGCGCGGCCUACCCGGCGGCGCAGCAGCAGAACUUCCACGCGGUGCGAGAGAUGUUCGAGUCCCAGAGAAUCGGCUUGAACAACUCGCCGGUCAACGGGAAUAACAGCUGCCAGAUGUCCUUCCCGCCGGGCCAGUCCAUCUAUCGCACUUCGGGAGCUUUUGUCUAUGACUGCAGCAAGUUCUGAUUCGAACAACAACAACAACAACCUGAUCGUGAAGUCCCGAAGUCCCAUUCAGCGCCCCCCCCCACCCCCCCCAAAUCAAUCCUUCACCAUCCUCACCAAAAUGGACAGAACGCAAAUAAACAAACAAACAAACAAAAAACACCAUCUUUCUAAACAGUGUUACCGCAAAUAACACAUCGCCGCUGGUAUCUGCGUUCCGUCUCCAGGCUCUCGGCUCAUGUAAACAUCCCCAGUGCAAGGGC